AUGUCCAAUGGCCCCAACCAACUACUGGUAGAAUUGGAAGAUGAGAUCCAGAAGUUGAGACGAGAGCUCAAGUCUGUUUCACAGGCUGCAAAAGGGGUCCCGGCUGAUGAUUCGAAUUCUCUACGGAGUCCAGAAUUGUCCAGGCCUCCCGUCAAUGACAGCGACUCGCUUCCAAAUGAAGACACUCAGCCUAUCAUCUCGCAGUCUUUCACCCCUACACAGGGCGAAAAGCAAGAUCACACAACGGACAUUUCUAGAUCUGACCGAUUGCUCAACAUCGAGCAACCUACUCCAUCAGCUUCAGCGUUCAAUGUCUCUCCUGUGGUCCAGGACAAUGGCCGAACCGGGCACGAGCGACAGAGUUCUGAAGCAGAGCCCGACAUUGACUACAUGCAUUAUCAGCACUUGAAUGCUCCAGUUACCGCCGUUCAGUCCAUGGGAUCCACGUCUCCUGACUCAGAAAAGGUUCUUCAUUCAGCGGGCCUCGACGAUGGCAGCAUCCAUUAUGGUCAAACCUCGCAGGCAUUGACAGAGGCAUUGACACCUCCAUCUGUUGAAACAUCAGACGUCGUGUUGGACAUCUUCAAGGAUGAGUCCCAGGCACGACUGCUCUUCGCAUCCUAUUUUGAAGGGGGUAAUCCUUAUCUUCCCAUGUUCGAUCCCAUCGUGGAUACCUUCGACUCUAUCCGAGCCCGUUCGCCUUUUUGCCUGAUUGCAAUUCUAUUCAUCGCGCUGAAACAGAAAUCAGGGAUCGUGCACAAAGUCACCACGGACCUGCAGAAAACAGUGCGAGAAGCUUGUCUACAAGAGGCUCGUCGCCAGGUAUGCGACAGUAUCUUCGAGAGUCCCACGCUCGAGAGUGUGCAGGCAAUGACGCUGCUGGCAGCAAAUGCGGAGAAGAGUUGGUUCGCAAUUGGACAUGCUCACGAAAUGGCCCUGGAAUUGGGCUUGGACUCUGCACUUGAUGAGUUGCUCAGUGCAGGCUCCUUGACAACUGAUCGAGCACACUUCCACAGUGGCAGUCGCAGAGCCCGUACGUGGCUCAUCUUAUAUCACAUUGAGCGCGAGCUUGCGGUCGGGACUGCAAGGAAACCACGCAUUCGUCAACUUGACACGGCGUCACUGAGGCAUUAUCUGGAUCUGCCUGUCUCCUAUCCCAGUGAUAUGAGAUUCGUAGCUACUAUCGAGAUUGUGCAACUUCGCGCUGAUAUCCAGCGCCAAAUCGAAACUACCACUUCACUACCUGCCAUUUCUGAGAGCGCGCCACGAGAAUUCGAACAGAAGGCUCAAGAAUGGUUCCAGUACUGGGAUGGCCGGUUCAAAGCAUACAAUGUGACCGAGGACUCGCUUAAUCGAAUCAGCCUACGGACCCAGAAGAACUAUUCAGCCAUCACAAUCUGCUGUACCAUCCUUGGUAGAUUACACAAGAACACAGACACACACAUGCUGCCGACCAUGGAUGAAAUUGUCCGUCGAACUGCUGAGACCGUAUCCGAUCAGCUCUGUCUCAUCGAACACUCGAGAUCCUACAGAUGGCAUUUCCGAUGGGCACCUACGUAUUCCGCCCUGAUGCUCACAUUCAGUUCUGAUGGCCCAGCAGUAGUUCUCGCCCUUCAACUCGCGCAUCGCUGGCCGACGUAUUUGGACAAAUCUCGGACAGAGAGACAGGUCAGGUCCGUCAUUGGCCUGUUGGAGACACAUCCCUACCAAAACCUAGCAUUUCAGGUCAAGAGCAUGCUUGACAGAUCAGCAGAUGAGCAUUUAUCGUCGCGACGACGUAAUUCGACCAUGUCAGGCGAGUACUCGAGGCAAAAUGCAUCAUCGCAGAUCAGCAGACAACAUAAUCCUCCGCCCGAGAACAAUGCACCAGCUAGAAUUGACGACGACAGUGGUAUUCUACCGAGCAACCAAUGCAGGGAGACUUCAGUUGUCGAAGCCGAGAAUCUGGACUGGCUCUCUGGGGGUUCGAUUCUUGAAAACUGGACCCUGCUCGAGCUGGGGAACUCGUCGCCAUACGAUAUGUCUAUGUUCAGUGGGGUAGGAGCAAUAUAG